CUCUGCAAAACCCUAACUUCAAAGCCAAACCCUAUCAAAUCUUCGUCUGAGCUCUUAGAACGCUAAUUCCCAGUAGUGAGAAGCCAAAACGAUGUCGUCUGGGAACGAUGACACGACCUCAAGCUCAAACUCUGAGCAAUCAGAUUCUGGAAACGACACACUGAGUUUCAUAGAGAACCUCCCAGAUGUUCCAAUGGGGCAGCUACCUCCCCACAUCGACUUCCAGAGGACACGUGUCGAUUGCAAGGCUGAUGCUCCCAUUCAUACUGAUACAUUUCAGUACUCUGGUGCUUAUCAAUCGUUGAAAGUCGAUAAUAGCCUGUUGGAUAGCUUCUCAAGCAACUUUAGAGUUGAGGUGAUUCGGCUCGAAAAGAAUGAAAUGGAGUUUGAUAUGAUUGGGAUCGAUCCGGCUAUUGCCAAUGCGUUCAGGAGGAUCCUCAUAUCUGAGGUUCCGACGAUGGCUAUUGAAAGAGUUCUUAUAGCAAAUAAUACAUCAGUUAUCCAAGAUGAAGUCCUUUCCCACAGAUUGGGUCUCAUUCCAAUCAGGGCUGACCCAAGAUUAUUUGAAUUUACAGAAAAGGAUUCGCCAAAUGAAAGGAACACCAUUGUAUUUGGGCUCAAAGUAAGGUGUGAAAAACAAGGCAAACGAAAGGGUUUGAAACAGGAGGGGCAAGAACAAGAUGGACAAACACGUAUCACAGUGAAGUCAAAAGAUUUGGUAUGGUUGCCAAAUGGGAGUAAAUUUGCUUUGGAAUCAGAACCAGGAAAAACCUACACAUCAUUUCAGAAAAGCCAGGAUACCAUGGAAGUAUUUUCUACCAAUCCAAUUGGUCCAACAGAUGGAGAUAUCACAAUUGCUAGACUAGGCCCUGGCCAGGAAAUUGAACUGGAAGCACUUGCUGUUAAGGGCAUUGGCAAAGAACAUGCAAAAUGGUCCCCAGUUGCCCCUGCUUGGUAUAGGAUGCUUCCUGAGGUUAUAAUUUUGAAAGAUAUUGAGGAUGAGCAAGCUGAGAAACUUGUGGCAACAUGUCCAGUCAAGGUCUUUGAUAUUGAAGAUAUUGGCAAGGGCAAAAAAAGGGCUACUGUAGCAAGACCACGAAAAUGCACACUAUGUAGGGAGUGCAUCAGGGAAGGAAAGGGAUGGGAGGAUUCCUUGUCAUUAAGACGUGUCAAGGAUCAUUUCAUUUUUACUAUUGAAUCAACUGGGGUAUUACCACCUGAAGUCUUAUUUACUGAGGCUGUGAAGAUACUGCAAGACAAGUGUGAACGCGCUAUUAAUGAUAUUUGUUCAGAAACUGAAGCAAAAAAAGUCUGAUUGUUAGGUUCUGUUGAGAUCAAGAGUUUACAAUGCCAAUAUCAGUAGCAAGUGUAUUUUUCGCAGGGGCGACCCAAAGUCUUGAUUUUUCUACCACAAUUGUGGUGCCUUUUUACCCAACUUCAAACUUUGUUUUGUAUGUUGCCGAUAUUGUGUAGCUUGAUGGGUUUUAACCUAGUUCUGAGGUGUAACGGCUAAUAUGUUUGCUAUGAUUCUGCAUAAUGAAUGAUUUUGACGGAUCCCAGCUUGGUCGGUUUCGGCAAAUGAUCAUGCUUGCUUUG